GCAACAAGCCGUUACCAUGGUUGGAUGGGAAUAACUACCCCCGUCGUAUGCAUUUAUACAAAAACGUAAUGACGGGUAAUUUGCUAGGCAAAUGCAUGGCUCCAGCAGGCUGAGGAUUCCCGAGUUUUAUGAGUUUCAAUAAAUAUGAUUCAAUGGAGGAACCAGUCGAAUCAGCUACUCAGCUUUUGAUUAUGAAUACGAAUUUAACUUGACAUGCUGGUAUCCAGUAAAAUGUCUCUACAUGCUUGCAACCGUCGAAGAUCCAUAGUUAGCAAACUGCAACAUAAAUAGAUGCACUAUACACAACUUUGGAAGCCUGAAACUUCAAAUCAAGAGUUUAUUUACCAACUUUAAGCGAAGACAACGGAAGCAGAGAAAAGAAAGAAUGUUAUGUUGUCUAGAGAAUUUGAAAAUUGAUUAAUAAUACUGAUCGCAAUCAAAUCUGUGCAACGACAAGCAAAUCCUUCUGGUAACUUGCAUCGAAAACAAAGCAUCUUCUUGGCAUCUCUACUUUGGCAUCGCAGAAAAGAUCGCAAUAUCAAUAUUUGCUUUGCUGUAGAACUUUCUUGUGCAUGACAACCUUAAGCGAAGAUGAUCGGCUUUUACAUAAAUCGGUUGCUAAAAAUUGCGAUUAAAUGGUUCAUGGAUGGCUAAAACCAAGGUUUAACCACAAAUGGGAAGGUCAAUAACAAGAACGUUCCUGGUCUUAUCUCAACGGCUGGGAAAGAUAUACGUCUACAGAUUCAACAAAAGCAGGUCACUAUGGCUGCUAGGCCCGAAGAACCCCAUUCGAAAGCUGUCCAUUUUGAUAAUCACCAACCAAUUCUUCGAGUUUUUUGUUGUGCUGACAAUUCUCAUCAACUGCAUUUUCUUGGCGUUGGACAACCCACCAGAAGAGGCGGAAUAUGUCUUCACAGCAAUUUACACCAUAGAAAUGAUAUUGAAAAUCGUAGCCAAAGGAUAUGUCUUACAUAGUUAUGCGUAUUUGCGAGAUCCGUGGAAUUGGUUAGAUUUUGUAGUUGUUUGUUUAGGGUAUAUUACAAUCACACCGAAGGUGUCAAAUUUCACUGGUAUAAGAACUUUUCGAGUGCUGAGAGCAUUGCGAACGAUUUCAGCUGUUGAAGGUCUCAAGACUAUGGUGAAUGCAUUGCUGAAGUCAAUGAGGCUGCUGUCUGAUGUGCUCGCGUUAACCACAUUUUUUAUAUGUGUUUUCGCCCUACUUGGUCUCCAGCUCUUCUCUGGCUAUCUACGUAACAAAUGUGUCCUCACGCCUACAAAUUCUUCUUUACCGUACGCCCAACAUGUUUUAAAUAAAGCUAAUUGGUACCCAACCGAUGGUUCGACUAUGGUAUGCGGUAAUGCUUCAACAAGCAGGCUCUGCCCGGAAAACUAUACUUGUUUUCGAGACAUUGGAGAGAACCCGAACUAUGGUUACACAAGUUUUGACCAUUUUGGAUGGGCGCUUCUCACAUCUGUACAGUUAGUUACAAUGGACUAUUGGGAAAAUGUUUAUUUUCAUGUAAUAUCAUCAACUGGAUCUUGGUGUAUAUUCUACUUCAUGAUUGUCGUUUUCUUUGGGUCAUUCUAUCUUAUCAAUCUUGUGCUGGCUGUUGUUGCAUUGUCAUAUGAACAGGAAGCAGAAAAUAUCGCGAAUCGGGAAAAGUAUUAUGAACAACUCAAGACAAUCGCUUCAUCUUAUUCUCUGCACAACAAGUUUGUCCCCGUACUGCUUUUCGACCUGCCAAGUCCGGUCCUUCAUACAACUGACAGGCUACCAGACGUCGUGGUUUUCGAUCAAAACCAACAGACAAUACUACGACCAUUUGGGCGUCGCAGACGACAGACCAUCCAAGCUCAACCAUCACCACACGUCUUUCGCUCGGCAAUACAUCCUUCACCGGACCCAGCUGCAAUCGUAAGAGCAAAAACGGAUUCGAAGCUGGCAAUGACGUCAAAUGGACACCAGACUAUCCCUAUUCCACAGCACGGCACUGCAAUGUCAUUGUCAUCAUUAAUGUCUGAAGCGUCAACGUCCUCUUCCCCAGACAAAAACUUCUCAUCCACUGACUCCGAUCAAACCUUACAAUGGAGACCAUACCAGAAUUUGGAUCAUGACGAACUUAGUUCAUUCCAGAGGAUCAGACUGAAGAUCUUCUAUGUUGUGUCAAAUCAGAUGUUCGAAUUCGCCGUGACUGCGUUUAUUUUCCUCAAUACAUUAUGCUUGUCUCUAGAGUAUCAUGGAAUGAACCCGUUCUUUAAAGAUGCACUGGUUGCAUUAAACCACGUUUUCACUUCAGUCUUUCUUACUGAGAUGAUUUUGAAAAUCAUUGCAUAUGGAUUACGGAGGUACCUUUCAAGUCGAUGGAAUUUAUUCGAUGGCCUCGUUGUCAUAAUAAGCAUGAUCGAUCUUCUAGUCGAGGCUGCUACCAAUAAAGACAACAGUACACUAAGCAUUCUUCGUUCAUUCCGAUUGCUAAGGGUAUUGAAGCUUGCUCAAUCAUGGUCCACAAUGCGGAGCCUUCUUGGUGCCAUCGGUCGCAGUAUUAAUGCCAUGGGACACUUGACACUGAUAUUGGCCAUCAUCAUCUACAUGUUUGCACUUGUGGGAAUACAGCUUUUUGGAGAAGAAUACACACCAAACAAGUUUCCAAGUGGAAAGACACCGAGGUGGAAUUUCGUCGACUUUCCGCACUCCUUCAUGAUGUUGUUUCGAAUCCUCUGUGGAGAGUGGAUUGAGCCACUGUAUGAUUGCAUGAAAGCUACUUCUACUUGGUCUAUAGCAUUUUUCAUGCCAGCUUUGGUCGUUGGCAACUUUCUGGUGCUGAAUCUGUUUCUAGCAUUGCUUUUGAGUUCACUUGCUGAUGAGGCCUUUGAGCAGGAAUUGAAACGAAGAGACAAGCAACGACGUAAUCAAAUCAAACGACUGAAAAAGAUCUUAACACUCCAGAGUGUACUAAAAAAAUUUGGAGCUAGGGCACCACAGUCCAGUGAAGGAGAGCCAACUAAAAGACCACGGUUCGCAGCAAUAGUUGACAAAACAAAAAAGAAGGCAUCAGUGCGACAUAACGACGAUGAGCGUCGUAGAAUCACACAAGCCAUAGCCCAAGAGAAGAGCAAGACUUUACAGCCAAUCAAAGAGGACACUUCAAAUAACAACCAAAAAGAGACUGUCUCUGCUGACGAUCCUCAGCCUUGCUUCCCAUGUUGCUCCUUAGCUGCCAGCUUGCCGUGGUCGAAUUCAGGCUGCUGUGGCAAACGUGAAAAAGAAUUCUUGAAGAUCAGAAUCGUGUUUAGAAAGAUAGUGGAAAACAAAUGGUUUGACAACGGAAUCCUUGUGCUCAUCAUAGCCAGCAGCUCUGUACUUGUGUUUGAAGACAUCCAUCUUCCAAGCAAACCGACGUUAGAGACGUUCCUGGAAGGGCUGAAUAUCUUCUUCUGUUUGGUGUUUUUCUUAGAAUUUUGCAUGAAGAUCAUCGGCUGGGGGGUGUAUUCAUACUUGAGAAAUCCCUGGAAUUGCCUGGAUUUCUUCAUCGUUGUUAUUUCAAUCGCAGCUGUUAUCGGCAGUUUCACAAACAGCAAAGGAAGCCUGAGUGCAUUUCGCUCUAUCAGAACUUUACGAGCACUGAGACCCUUGCGAGCUAUAUCCAGGUGGGAGGGAAUAAAGAUCGUGGUGAACAGCCUUUUCCAAGCAAUACCCAAUAUUGGAAAUGUCUUGUUGGUCUGUGCGAUGUUCUGGUUGAUUUUCAGUAUCAUGGGAGUCCAAUUCUUUGGCGGAAAAUUCUACAAAUGUGUCGAUGAAAGUGGCCUAAUUUUAUCAGCUAAAAUCAUUCAAGAUCGAAACUCUUGCAUUAGUGCGAACCAUUAUUGGAUGAAUUCGAAUGCAAAUUUUGAUAAUGCACUUAAUGGCUUUCUAGCACUUUUACAAGUGGCAACCUUUGAAGGUUGGAUGGAGGUGAUGAGGGAUGCUGUCGAUGCAGUUGGGAUCGACAAGCAACCAAAAUUCGAAGCGAACUUCUACGCCUACUUCUACUUUGUGAUUUUCAUCAUAAUUGGGUCGUUCUUUGUGCUUAAUCUCUUCAUUAGUGUUAUAAUCGACAAUUUCUACAGAAUGAAGAAAAGGUAUGACGAUGGUGGAGAUUUUAGCAUCUUCCUCACAAGCAACCAGAGAACUUGGUUUAACACUCUAAGGAAAGCAGUCAACAAGAAACCUAAGAAGAGUCUCUAUAGGCCAGAGGUCCAAUGGCAGGCAAAUCUGUUUGAUUUCAUUCAAAGCGUGAAAUUCGAGACAUUCAUUAUGGUGCUUAUACUCCUGAACAUGUUCCUGAUGAUGAUCAGUCACGAUGAGCAACCUGACUCCAUCACAACUGCACUCAGAUACUGCAACAUUGGAUUUACGGUACUGUUUGUCCUGGAAGCCGUCCUCAAGAUCUUGGCACUGCAGGCUCAGUAUUUCCGUAGUGCUUGGAAUGUGUUCGAUUUUAUUGUUUUAGUGUUAUCGAUUGCAGGAAUCGUCCUGGAGUUCUUGAAUGUAAACUUGAUGGUCACCCCAAAUGUUCUUCGUGUGAUGCGUGUGUUGAGAAUCGGGCGCUUACUGAGGUAUUUCAAAGCAGCAAAAGGCAUACGGAGGCAGCUGGUCGCACUGGUCAUAUCGCUGCCUGCUUUGUUCAACAUCGGCACUUUGCUUUUCCUUACCUUGUUUAUAUAUGCUAUUAUCGGGAUGACGUCAUUCGGUCACGUGAAGAAAACAGGAGCUAUCGAUGAGGUGGUCAAUUUUGAGACGUUUGGCCAAAGUAUGCUAGUGUUGUUUCGUCUUUCAACAUCCGCAGGGUGGAAUGAAAUACUAGAUUCGCUGAUGAUCCAGCCACCAAAUUGUGACCCCACAUACCGUGGUUUACCAAAUGGUAACUGUGGUCAACCCUGGUUAGCCGUGUUGUACAUGGUCACGUUUAUUCUAGUUACAUUUAUGGUUAUUGUUAACAUGUAUAUAGCUGUGAUUCUUGAGAAUUUUAACCAGGCAACAGAGGACGAAGAAAUCGGUGUCACUGAUGAUGAUAUUCAAAUGUUUUACAGUCACUGGCAGAAGUACGAUCCCCAUGCGACACAGUACAUCGAAUACUCGCGUUUAUCAGAUUUCUUAGACGAGCUGGACCCUCCGUUACAAAUAUCUAAACCUAACGAGACCGCGUGUUUGAAGCUAGCAAUUCCAAUUCGAGACAACGACAAAAUCCACUGCGCGGACGUUUUGCUUGCGGCUCUUAAGCACACUGUCGUCGGGCAUAUAGAAGAGACAGACGAAGAAACACUCAAAUAUAUUUCAAACACAAUUGAGAGCAAACUGUUAUCAGCAUUUCCAAUAAGGGCUAAGGACCCCACGUUGAGUUCAACAGCUCAGAGGAUACAAGAAAUCAAUGCUGCCAUAACAAUACAGAAAAUAUAUAAACGCUGGAAACGACGGAAGCGGAAAGUUGAAGAGGAAAGAGAAAAUAUGUCGUUAGAAAUGAAGACUUUUUCAGACUCGUGUACUGAUGAUAAGAGCAAUGAGAAAUUAGAAGAGGAAAAUGCUGCAGAAGUUUCGCGGCAGAACGAGCUGCCGAUUCAAAUAGACGUUAAAUCUGAGAAUAGCUCGCCCGAACACACGUGCGCCUCGCCGCAACUUAACGGGCCUUCGCAGACAGGGGAUGCUGCUUCACAGUCGCUUGUCAAUUCAUCGCCAAAAUCAAAACAUAUGCUGAUACGAGUAGAAACCAGGAAUUGUAGUAAUUCUUUUUCAGAAUAGCUUAAUUUUCAAAUUUCGAUUCAAAAUCGUCAACUUUUUGAAUUAUACAUAUAAUAUAUCACUUAAAAUUGACAAAGAAAGUUUUUACUUACUUUAUUCUCCAAGUUGCGAAGAAAUAAUUGAAAAGUUUCUAAAAAUAUGCUUGCUGCCUUGGCCUUAAUAUUUUCCCGUUGAAUCCACAAUUUUGAAAUUAAACUAUCCAACGAGGUAAAGAAUUUUAGAGAUGACUGACUAAGAUUUGGUUUCCACUAGUAUAACAUUGCAUGUCUUAGGCGAAAACGGCGAUUCAUUGAUGAAUCGGGUUACCUCAGAAAAUUUACUUGAAAAUGCUGUUCCCUGUUGUUCAAAGAAAUAGCUAAUAAAUUUAAUAUAUUGAAAUGUAUUGUACAGUACAUUGAUUUAGGCUUCUAAGACUGUUAAAACUGAAGAUAAUUUUGUAACCAGUAAUUUGUAUAAAUUAACUGAUCUUUGUUUGUAUAAUGUUGCGGUUUAUGUAAUAAACACGAUUGUGUAAUGGUCUGAAUGCAAAACUAGCAUAGAUUUCAUCUCGUUCUACAAAAUCAUUGGUUCUAAUUAGCA